AUGGGACUACAGAACUGGGGUGAUCAAGACCGGGCUUCUACAUUCACCAUGCGCGCAGCAAGAUACUACGGGAAAGAGGACAUCAGGAUUGAGGAUGUGGAUGAGCAGAAGUGCGGGGCGGGACAAGUCAGGGUCGCACCGGCCUUCGUAGGGAUCUGUGGUACAGAUCUCCAUGAAUACCUCGGAGGACCUAAUUUCGCACCGACGACACCGCACCCGUGUACCAACGAGACGAUUCCUAUCACCCUGGGGCAUGAAUUCUCAGGGACUGUGACUGAAGUGGGUUCGGAUAACUCGAGCUUUACGGUGGGCCAGAAUGUCGUUGUUCAGCCGACAAUAUAUUGCGGCAAAUGCGAGGCAUGCAAAGCUGGUUCCGAGAACGUAUGUGAGAAUGGUGGCUUCAUCGGGCUUUCGGGAGGAGGUGGCGGUUUGAGCGAUUCAGUCGUUGUGCCUGAAAGCGCAGUAUUGAACUUGCCCAACAACGUACCGCUCGACGUCGGCGCGCUGGUAGAACCACUGGCUGUUGCUUGGCAUGCUAUCUCAGCUGCUCCACUUACACCCGACUCCGUCGUCAUGGUCCUGGGCGGUGGACCGAUCGGGCUGGCAAUCGUUCAAUGUCUCAAGGCACUGGGUACCAAGAAGAUCAUAGUCAGCGAGGUAUCCGGCGCGCGGCAGCGCUUCGCGAGAGAGUUCGGCGCGCACCAUGUCCUCUGCCCCAAAACAUACGACGUUGCGAAGAUGAGCAAGGCUCUGAGUGGAAAGGAUGGACCGGACGUGGUUUUCGACUGCGCUGGCGUUCCCGCAAGUCUCACAACGGCUUGCACGGCGGUGCGCGCUCGAGGCACGGUCGUCAACGUUGCGAUUUGGGAGAAGGAGGUUCCAUUCAACCCCAAUAUGCUUGUGUUCCGAGAGGCGCAGUACACAGCCGUUUUGGGCUACCAAAGAAAGGACCUCGAGGCCGUCAUCGAACAUCUAGCUGCUGGCACUCUGAAACCUAUGAAGAUGAUUACCAGCAAGAUCAAUUUAGAGGAUUUAGUAGAGGGCGGGAUCAAAGCCCUGAUCAACGACAAGGAGAACCAUGUUAAGAUUCUGGUGGAAGUUGGAGGCAUGAGUCGUGCCAUGUCGCAGUACAACUCGAUGCCGACGCCAGGGGUCUACGUUCCUCCAACCCAGGGCGCUCCAGCUCAAUCGCAAGGCGCCCAACAGCCGUCGGGCUAUCAGCCCAAUACCACGACCUAUGGAGCACAGUACCAAUCUCAGAAGGGAGGUGGCACGUUUGGUCAGAUGAUGAACCAGCGGCUUGAGCAGGCGGUGACGACAGGAAAGCCAAUGUUGAACAAGCUGGGCAAGACUAUAAGCUCAAAGCUUGGAAACAAGCCUUCAGGAGGCCCACCACAGCAUCUUCAGAGCUAUCAGAGUUAUCAGACUCAUUUUGGGCAGCAGAGCCAGACUCAAUCAUAUCAGCAAUCACAAGGUCAAGCUUUCAGUCCUCAGUCGCAACAGCAGCAAUGGGCACCACCGCAACAUCAACCCCCACCUUCGCAGCAGUCUCCGUACCAGCAACCCGCUUACUCUACACCCGCUUCCGGCCACUCAGGGCAGAGCAACUACUUCCCGCAGCAGACGACUCAAGCGCCUACCACACAGUCCCAUACGCCGCAGUCGCCACUCACGACUACAGGACAUACUUCAUGGCAAUACGGUCAAGGCGGGGGUACAGCGGAGCAUACACAGACACAUGGAUAUAAUGGGCAGAGCCAGACGCAGCCAGGUCAGCCCCAGGCGCCUAUGCAGCAGCAGACACAGGAAUCGGGCCAAUACACUGGUCAGCAAACGGGAGUAGUGGGAGGCUACAAUGCUGUUCAGCAUACACCACCAUCUCAUACUUCGAGCAUGUCUCCGGUAAACCCCACCCAGCCCAUGCAGCCACAAUGGGAACAGGCAGGUACCGGGCAGCAGUCAAGUGCCCCAGCAUAUCCUCUACAGCAGAACCCCACUGCGACUAGUCCUGCAACUCAUCCACAACAAUGGAACAGUCCGUCCCCCGUUGGUGCAUACAGCCCAGGACAGUCGCAGAUGCCUGCCCACUCCGUCAGCCCUCCGCCUACACAGCCAAUGAAUGCAUCACCUCAAUUGCCGUCCAACAAGGCUGUACAGUCAAGUCAGUCGUCAACGCCUGCACCGCAUCAGGCUCAAUAUUCUGCGCCGCACGAGUUUAUUGCGGAGCUUCCUGCAGAUCUUGGAAACUUGACUAUUGCAGAAUCGAAGCCGAAGGAACAUGAAUCAUCGGUCUCAGUUUCGCAAUAUCAAGCAUUCCGCCCUUCGCUAUCGCAGACUGGAUCGCCUUCGCCUGGUUUUACCAUUCCUCGGCGAUCGCUUAGUCUCAGCACGAUUCCACUGGCUGAUCCGUGGAGAUUCGCAGAUGCGGUCACUGAAGUUCCAACACGCGAGUUCUAUAUUCUGGCCGAUUUGCUUUUCGACGCUCUGGACCGGAAGUUUGAGCCAAAGAACACGGGCCUUCUGGAAGCACCAAAGAUCAUCGGGAGCUGGGUGAAAUUGACCGAAGACGCGUGUCGUCUUUUUUCGUACAGGUCCUAUAGCGCUUUUGCAAAGCUGUGGAGUCUCGAGGGAAUCCCCCACAUUAUGGUGCCUUGCCAAUCCAACCUGACACCAAACUGGAACUUUAACCAACAUUCGCACGCGGAAGACGCAAAAGUAAUCGCUGAUGUGCCGACGCCAAUGUCAACAUACACGGCGUACAUGCCAGCUCUGAACCGGGCAGGAUGGUACAAAUUCUUCUUUCUUGAGAUGAUGCACGCACCAGAGGAUAUCGGUGAUUUGAUGGCACUGUGCGCAGACACGUAUAAGCCGGGGGUGCUGAACCAUCCCGACCUCAACAAGCGGGACAAAACAGAAAUGCCAGCACUGCAGGCCAGAGCUGCAGAAAUCCAGACAUUUGCGAUCGGGCGCGUGUGUGAGGAGACGAAGGCUGCGAUGGCGGUCGACCCCGAUGUUCUUCCGGCGCACACGCACUCUACCGCACCUGCCUCGGGACCCACGCAGACUGGGCCAGCUAUGACGCCAGAGGACAUGACGGUGAGAAUGCACAAGGUCCAGGCAGAGCGACAGUUUAAUGACCUGGCAGCCUGGAAAUGGUAG